AUGGUCAUCUCCUCGACAAAGAUGAUCACCUAUUAUGGGAGAAUUGGAGAAUUACAGAAAGCCGUGAAAUUAUUCCAGGAGAUGCCCCACAGGAAUCAGAUUUCUUACAACGCAAUGAUAACCCUUUUUGUGGAUUCUGGUCAGUUAGAUGCUGCAAGCAGGCUGUUCGCAGAAAUGCCCGAGAGAAACUCAACAUCUUACACUUUGAUGAUUUCUGGGUUUUCGAAAUCGGGGCUCGUCGUUGAAGCGCGUGAAGUCUUUGAUUCCGUUCCUUCUCUGUAUCAGAAUGUGAUCUCGUGGACAGCCAUGAUUUCUUGUUAUGUGCAGAAUCACCAGUCACUUCAUGCGCUGAAGCUUUUCACUAGUUCCUAUGGUGAUUUCUUUGCUUUACGGAUAAUACCCAAUUCGUAUACUUUCAGCAUUUUGCUGAAGUCGUGUGCGGAUGUGCAGUCUAUCGCAACUGCAGCACAAAUCCAUGCUCUGAUUGUGAAGCUUCUAGAUGAAGAAAUUGAGGAAGUUGUCUUUGUUCAGAACGCGUUGAUUGAUUUGCACUCAAAAUUUGGACGUCUAACAGAUGCAGAGAAGAUCUUCAAUAGACUGACGUCGAAAGAUCUGAGUUCGUGGAAUACCAUGAUGACAAGUUACACCCGUCAUUCUUUGAUUGAUGAAGCUCUCAGAGUUUUCAAUUCCAUGAAAGAAAAAGACACACUUUCGUGGAAUAUUGUAUUUUCAGGUUUAGCAGAAAGUGGUCGUGGGGAAGAAGCUAUAAACCUAUUUAUCUGUUUGUUAAGGUCAUGGCCAGAAACAAAGCCCAACCCAUCUACUUAUACGAUCAUUCUAACUAUUUGCUCUACUUUGACAGCGUUGGAAAUGGGUAGACAGAUACAUACAUGUACCAUUAAAAUCAGUCUCAAUAGGAGUAAUGUCUUCACGGGCAAUUCACUCAUUACCAUGUAUUCGAGAUGUGGUUCCGUCAAAGAAUUGGAGAGAGUCUUUGAUGACAUGGUUAUGAAAGAUAUCAUUUCGUGGAAUUCAUUACUCCUAGGUCUUGGGCAAAAUGGGAAUGCAAAAAAAACAUUGGAGGUUGCAGAGGAGGCGUUGAAGUUGGGAUCUUUUAACAAUAACACUUUCAUUGCGAUACUGACUGCUUGUAGCCAUGGAGGUUUGGUUAAUGAAGGGAUGGAGUAUUUUAGGUCUAUGAGUAGUAAAUACGGUAUUGGACCAGACUUGGAUCACUAUAUUUGUGUGAUUGACAUGCUUGGAAGAGCGGGUAGAAUAAGUGACGCGCAAGAUGUCUUGCAGGGGAUGCCGUUUAAAGCGAAUUCCGUGGCAUGGGCUGCUCUUCUUAGCGCAUGUUUGGUUCAUGGGAAUGGGGAGGUGGGUGAGAUAGCAGCACAGGAACUUCAAAAUUUGGAGCCUGGUGAUGUUACAAGUUAUGUAAUGUUGGCAAAUAUUUAUGGUAAAAUAGGUAGAUCAGAGGACUCAAGGAAGGUCUUGAAUUUGAUGAGGGAGAAGGGUUUGAGGAAGGAUUCGGGGUUUAGUUGGAUCAUUGAAAUAUGA